AUGGUUUCAGAUCUGACGGGCAACAAUGUCAUCGAGUGGCGAGACUUCCAGACGCUGAUCGACGCCAUCGGGGCCGUGCGAGGCGUCGGUGGAGAAGACCACCUAGCCGCUAGGCUUAGUCUCACCGACGUUUGGCAGGCCAUGACGGCCACCGUGCGCAAGGACACCACAGACAAGAUUACCCUUGUGGACUGGAUUAGAAUGUGGGCCGAUUCGUUAACGGCCGAAAAAGAGCCGGCUUGGCAGAAGGCCUACCUUGAUUACAUGUUCCAUCUACUGGACGCUUCCGGUGAAAACUUUGCCAAAACAUUGACCAGUUGCACAUUAUCACAGUAUGUGACCGCACAUCCGAUUUCAGGUGAUCAACUGGUCGACUUAGCCGAGUAUAUUGAGGUGCUUGGCUACUUUUCCAUUCCUCGUGAAGAAGCUAUUUACUGCUUUGAUAAAUUUGCAGUGAACUCUGCAGGUGGUCAGUGCAAUUCCAUUGACCAUAAAAGGUUUGUCGACCUCUGGCAGCAGUACUUCUGGUCCAACGACGUCAACGACGUUGGAAAUUACCUGCUAGGAACCGUUUAA